CUCAUUAUAAAACGAACUUAUCUGUAGCUUUGUGGCUAGCUUGGCAGUGGGUUGUUUUGCUUGAUAGCCGCCCGGGGUUCCCUCUCGUCACUGCUGAAUUGCCGUCACUGCAAAAUCGAUCACCACAGCGGCUCAGCAGACGGCGGACGAUUAAGUUCCAGAUGGACCAGCAGGACCAGUCUUAUAUGUUUGCCAGUCUCACACGGCCGCAUUCUGAACAACUGCUGCAAGGCCUCCAGCUCUUGCGGCAGGACCACGAACUAUGCGACAUUGUGCUCCGGGUGGGCGAUGCCAAAAUCCAUGCCCACAAAGUAGUGCUGGCAAGCAUUAGUCCCUACUUCAAGGCAAUGUUCACAGGUAACCUGUCCGAAAAAGAAACCGCUGAGGUUGAAUUCCAGUGUAUUGACGAGACAGCCUUGCAGGCCAUUGUUGAGUAUGCAUACACUGGCACAGUGUUUAUCUCCCAGGAAACUGUGGAAUCUUUGCUACCGGCAGCCAACCUACUCCAGGUCAAGCUAGUACUAAAGGAAUGCUGUUCCUUCCUGGAAAGCCAGCUGGAUGCUGGGAACUGUAUCGGCAUCUCUCGUUUUGCAGAGACAUAUGGCUGUGAUGAUCUAUGCCUGGCUGCAACAAAGUUCAUUUGUGAGAAUUUCGAAGAGGUCUGUCAGACUGAAGAAUUUUUUGAACUGACGAGGGCAGAGCUGGAUGAAAUUGUGUCCAAUGACUGUCUUAAGGUGGUAACGGAGGAGACUGUAUUUUAUGCCUUGGAGUCUUGGAUUAAAUACGAUGUAACGGAACGACAGCAGCAUUUGGCUCAGCUGCUGCACUGCGUGCGCCUUCCACUUCUCAGCGUCAAAUUUCUAACUCGUUUAUAUGAAGCAAAUCAUCUCAUACGAGAUGACCACGCAUGCAAGCACUUGCUCAACGAGGCCCUCAAAUAUCAUUUCAUGCCUGAGCAUAGACUCUCCUAUCAGACUGUGUUGUCUGCAAGACCAAGGUGUGCCCCAAAGGUACUGCUGGCAGUAGGAGGCAAGGCUGGACUAUUCGCCACAUUAGAAAGCAUGGAAAUGUAUUUCCCUCAGACGGAUUCAUGGAUAGGACUAGCGCCUCUCAGUGUUCCCAGAUAUGAGUUUGGAGUGGCAGUGCUUGACCACAAGGUGUAUGUGGUGGGAGGCAUCGCCACACACAUGAGACAGGGCAUUAGCUACAGAAGGCACGAAAGCACGGUGGAGAGCUGGGACCCUGAAAGUAACACCUGGUCUUCAGUAGAGCAUAUGGCCGAGUGUCGUAGCACACUUGGCGUGGUGGUCCUGGCUGGAGAGCUGUAUGCACUUGGAGGCUAUGAUGGCCAAUAUUACCUCCAGUCAGGAGAAAAGUACGUCCCCAAAUUGAAGGAGUGGCAGCCUGUGGCACCAAUGACCAAGUCCCGCAGCUGCUUUGCAACCGCUGUGCUGGAUGGCAUGGUUUAUGCUAUUGGAGGAUAUGGACCGGCUCAUAUGAACAGUGUGGAGCGGUAUGACCCGAGCAAAGAUGCCUGGGAAAUGGUAGCCCCCAUGGCAGAUAAGAGGAUUAAUUUCGGCGUGGGUGUCAUGCUUGGCUUCAUAUUUGUGGUGGGAGGACACAAUGGGGUCUCACACCUGUCCAGCAUUGAGAGGUAUGACCCACACCAGAACCAGUGGACAGCCUGUCGACCAAUGAAUGAUCCACGCACUGGUGUGGGUUCUGCCAUAGUGGACAAUUACCUCUAUGUCGUGGGAGGUCACUCAGGAUCAUCUUACCUGAACACUGUCCAACGCUAUGAUCCCAUCUCAGAUAGCUGGUUGGACUCCAGCGGCAUGAUUUAUUGCCGCUGUAACUUUGGUCUGACUUCCCUUUGACCCAUGGCCCAGCCAACGAGCACCUAAUGAGUCAACUUGAACACGAAGCUGCAAUUCCCCCCGCCUCCCCCCCCGUUGAAUCCUUAUCCCGUCCCCACAUCCUUUUCAUCCUCGAGGUGCAAAGGAUUGCCAAACACCAGCAUGAGCAGCAGUGGACAACAAGCUUGCUGGCUGGCUGGCGGGAUGGAUGCGAGCGGCUGCCUUCCUGGCUGGUCAGGUGGGGUGUUGGGGGAUGCGUCUGCAGAGAAGAUAAAGAGCCUUGUGCUGACAUGGCAAUGGCUGCUGCGCCGGCCAUGAGGACACGUCUGAUUUAUGUCUGCUGGACCACAAUGCAGACUUGGAGCCAUUUUCCAGAGGAUUAUGGGGGGAAAAAAAAAAAAAAGUUACGGUUUUGUUUAAAAAUUCUUGUACUUGAGCAAAAUGUUUGCCCCUAUUUAGCCAUUGAUGAUUUAUUUAUUUAUUUUCUACUUCUCUCCCUCCCCCCCGCUGCAACGAGGACCUUGUGUUCAACUGCUGCAAAAUAGUAGACGGUGUAGUCGUAUGAAUGUUUGUUGGCCAGGUAGCUGUGUGUCCGUGUGUAUGCUUAAGGGGUAUCUGCAUGUCGGAUAGGAUUGUUUUGGUUUCGCGUCUGCAUGCAGAAUAGAUACUCGUGCGUGCAGACACGAGGUUCUGCAUUACGAUAUAUGCUUCACAAAACUAGGAUUUCAACUCUUUCUAUUUUCUCAACAAGGGCUGCGUUUCUCUCACUUGUAAAUAGUUUAAAUUAAAUGUAUAGAUAUAAAUAUA